UUGUGCCUAACUGGGUGUUUGUUCUCUGCUAUUGGGUGUUUGGUUCUGUCAUUUCUAGCUAGCUGAAAGUUGAUAUUUCAUUUGUGAGUUGGGCUAUGUCCACUACAUCAAUCAGUAGAGAAGAGCAAAUGGUAUGGUUGUGAACUUAUCAGUCCCCACGCUUUAUGGACACAUGUUGAAACUAUCAGUGACUAGUAUGUCUGCACUAUUGAUAUCUUUGUGGAUAAUCAUGCGGAAGCUGCGGAGUGUUCUCAAAUGGUUCUUACACUACUGUGUCAGGUUAACUCUUUUGGGUCUGCUAAAUUACUAGGUAUUUCUCCGAUUUCCUUGUUUCUUCGUAAUCAGUUCUUUCACGGAGAUGUUUCAUCUACUAGAGAAACUGAGCUCACCCUCAUCAUCCAAUCUUGACAUACAUACUACAGUCUGACAGCUCAUUAAUUGGAAUUCGUAAACACCGUUUGUGCAUAAAGUUCCGUCUUGCUUGAAUUGCCUUGAGGCCAGUAUCAGAGCUUCAAUGGCAGAACCUGUUGCACCCUGGAGGACUAUUGUACAGAUCAAUGACGAUGAACACUCUGGGUGUAUCGUUCAAGUCUCGUGAGGACCACCGGAAGCAGCUUGAGCUCGAGGAGGCGCGUAAGGCGGGGCUUGCCCCUGCCGAACUCGACGAGGAUGGGAACGAGAUCAACCCUCACAUCCCGCAGUACAUGUCCUCGGCCCCAUGGUACCUUAACGCCGAGAAGCCGAGUUUGAAGCAUCAGAGGAAGUGGAAGUCGGACCCGAACUACACCAAGGCGUGGUACGAUAGGGGUGCCAGGCUUUACCAGGCCAACAAAUACAGGAAAGGUGCUUGCCAAAACUGUGGAGCCAUGACUCACGACAAGAAGUCGUGCAUGGAGCGACCUCGGAACGUUGGAGCUAAGUGGACUAAUAUGGAUAUAGCUCCAGAUGAGAAAGUGGAGUCGUUUGAGCUUGAUUACGAUGGCAAGCGUGAUCGCUGGAAUGGUUACGAUACGUCGACCUACAGCCGUGUUAUCCUAGAUUAUGAAGCUAGAGAAGAGGCCAGGAAGAAGUUCCUGAAAGAACAACAGCUAAAGAAACUUGAGGAGAAGGAUGGUGAGCAGGAUGGUGAGAAUGCGGGCAGCGAAGAGGAUGGCCUCAAGAUAGAUGAGGCAAAAGUUGAUGAGAGUGCUCAAAUGGAUUUUGCGAAGGUAGAAAAGCGUGUGCGCACAACAGGCGGUGGAAGCACUGGAACUGUCAGGAAUUUGCGUAUUAGAGAAGACACUGCAAAGUAUCUUCUCAAUCUCGAUGUGAACUCUGCGUAUUAUGAUCCAAAAACCCCUUCCAUGCGCGAGGAUCCUUUGCCAGAUGCAGACCCCAACGAUAAAUUCUACUCCCUCCGGUCCUAAGUAUAAGCCAUAUAGUUUUUGGCACGGAAAUUAAGAAACACACUUUUGGGAAAAAUUACACCUUGUUUAGUUAAGAUUAACCCUAGGCAAUUAACGUGACCUAAUAGAGGACUUUGCGUAAGCUAAGAAAACAUAAUCGAAUCACUAAAAAUAUUUUCCAUACAAGUGGGGCAACGUAGUAAACCUUGUAUUAUGGAUUUUUUCUCAAAACACUAUAUGGCUUAUAUUUAGGACCGGAGGGAGUAUGUGGUAAGUGUCAGAGCACAUACAAGUUGCUUUACACUCUUAAAAGUUACAUCAAAUCUUCUCCUGGCUACACUAUAGAUUCAGUAUUCUGAUGUAUUAUUAUGAUGCAGGGUGAUAACCAAAAUAGACAAAGUGGACAAGCUCUGGAGUUUAAGCAACUCAAUGUCCAUGCGUGGGAAGCUUUUGACAAGGGGCAGGAUUUCCAUAUGCAAGCCGCCCCAUCUCAAGCUGAACUACUUUUCAAGAGUUUCUUGGUCAAGAAGGAGAAGCUGAAAUCUGAAGGCAAGGACAAAAUUAUGGAGAAGUACGGGAAUGCUGCAUCUGAAGAGCCAAUCCCUCGCGAGCUUCUUCUUGGGCAAAGUGAGAAAGAGAUUGAGUACGAUCGGACUGGCCGCAUAAUCAAGGGACAGGUUGGAUAUAGCUCUUCCUCAGAGCAAAUACGAAGAGGAUGUGUUAAUUAAUAACCACACAACAGUGUGGGGUUCAUGGUGGAAAGAUCAUCAACGGGGCUAUAAAUGCUGUAAGCAGACUAUCAAAAAUAGUUACUGCACAGGAUUGGCUGGAAUUGAGGCUGCUGAAGCAUCAGCUGAUUUGAUGAAGGCAAACAUGGCACGCAAGGAAGCUGCUGAAGAGGAACCUGUACGACAAGAAGAAAAGAAACUAGCCACUUGGGGAACAGAUAUUCCUCAGGAUCUUGUUCUCGACCAGAAGUUGCUUCAGGAAUCCCUAAAGAAGGAGGCCACAAGGAAGAAGGAAGAGAUGGACGAGAGAAAGAGGAAGUACAACGUGAAGUGGAAUGAUUAGGUCACUGCGGAAGACAUGGAGGCCUACCGUAUGACGAGGGUCCGCCACGAUGAUCCUAUGAGAGAUUUUCUCAAUUAGCUGUUUAUAUGUCACUGUCAGUUGGUUGCCUUGUUACUGCAAGCAUUUGUAAUGCAAGUGUACGCUAUGAUCGUGUGAUGUGCAAAGCAGAACUAAGUUUGUUCUUGUUCAUUCUUGUCAACUUGUUAACCAUGACAUACGCAAAUCUGUAUUGAUAUUCCCACUUGCAUCAACAGUAAGUUGUUGCUUUGCGAUUUGUUCA